CCAAAAUCUGCAGGCCCAGAACUAGUAAUCAAACCAGACAAAGCAAAUGGCAGCCACAAGGUUGAAUAUGCCAUGGAGCGACCAGGAUGUGGAGCGUCUCAAGAUGAAAAAGGGGGACCUGGCAAGGGGAGGCAAGAGCAAUGGGAAGCCCAGUGGCAGCAGUUCCUGAAGACCCUGGAGUCCCUUCACCCAGAAGGCAGAAGCCCCCCAGAGACGCCUGAUUCUGCCCCCUGGGAAGACGCCAAGGCCUUCCUGGCCUCCUUUGAGCAAGUGGCCAAAGCCUGCCACUGGCCCGGAGGAGAGUGGGCAGCCCGGCUACUGCCUGCGCUGAGCGGGGAAGCAGACGAGGCCUUCCGGAGCCUGGAAGCCAGAGACAGAGAGGAUUAUGGGAAGGUGAAGGCGGCCAUCUUGCGAGGGGCCGCCCUGAGGAUGGAGGCUGAGCGGCAACACUUCCGACAGUUCUGCUGCCAGCAGGUGGAGGACCCCCGGAGGAUCCACCUGCAGCUGCAGGAUCUCUGCCACCGAUGGCUGAAGCCGGAGAGACGCAGCAAGGAGCAGAUCCUGGAGCUGCUAGUCCUGGAGCAGUUCCUGGCCAGCCUCCCGCCAGAGCUGCAGAGCUGGAUCCGAGCAGGAGGACCAGAGUCAUGUUCGCAGGCGGUGGCCCUGGCAGAGGAGUUCCUGAUAGCCAGCCAGCAAGACUUGGCUGAGGCUGAAGAGUGGCAGGUGAGGGGACCGAUGGCUCUCAAGGAAACAGGUGUCCCCUUGCAGAUCGUCAAGCUGAGCGUGACACAGCCAGGCCCACAGACCCUGGUCUGGGAAGUUCUGGAGGAGGAGGAGGAGGGUGAUGGGAAAGGAAGUGAAGUCAAGGCGAAGAAUUCUCAGUGUGGAGGAAAUGAGCCAGAGGACACGCCCUGGACUCCCCCGGAGAUAAGCCUUGGGAAUGAGCUGGAGCCCAGCGAGAUUAAGGAGGAAGGAUGCCAAUUCAAAGAUGGGAAGAACCCCGUGGAGAGAGGGAAUGAAUGCAAUGAGCUCACAGAAGGUCCUGCAGUUGUCAUUAGCCAGACCUCCACAGUUGGCAAAAGGGGGGGAACGGCUUUGUUCUCCAGGUAUGGCAGGAGGUAUCGCUACCAAUCAGAACAUGCUAUGAUGCAAACAGUGGAGGACGAGAAUGAGGAUCCCAUGUCACAGGAAGAGGUCCGGCAACAGCAGAGAAUCAGAAGAGGAGAGAGAAAAGCUGAAUUCUCUUGGAACAGGAAAAGAAGUAACUUGCCUAGACAUCUAGGCCACCCAAUGCAAGCGAAGCCUAAUAAUUCUCCUGAGUGUAGUCAGAGCAAUACUUCUACAAAGUCAAUCAAGGGAAGCAGAGGCAGGCCCUACAAAUGUUCUCAUUGCGGAAAAUGCUUCAAGCAGAAUUCUCAUUUGAAGGAACAUCAACUGAUUCAUACUGGAGAGAAACCACAUGAAUGUUCUCAGUGUGGAAAACGCUUCAGGAAGACUUGGAAUUUGAAGUCACACCAGCUGCUUCAUACUGGAGAGAAACCACAUGAAUGUUCUGAGUGUGGAAAAAGGGAAAGCCCACACAGCGACAAAGCCGGAGCGAUCCCAGUUCCUACGGCCCGGCGCGGCGGUCUCUACAACGGCUUCGUUUUCUCGUUUUAA